UAGAGGCGUCAACAAUCAUGGCAGCGUUGUCUACGCGCUCGUUCUUGUGCUCGCAGUCGAAAUGUUGAUCGUUUCUGAAACACAAACGGUUCCACAUGGAUAGAAAGCGGACCGUCGCACACUGGCCUUUGCAGGGACCAGCCUCAUGAUGGCCCAUGAUGUCGACCACGAAGAAUACCCUGGGAGGCUGCUGCAUCAAGCGGCUUUGUGGGGCAACGCUGAGUUACUAGAGGACCUGCUGAACGGUGAUCAGGUUGAAUUCAUCAAUGUUGCGGACAUGUUCGGACGGACAGCCUUGCACGAUGCAGCCACAAAUAGAGACGAGACCUGCGCACGGGUUUUACUUCAGACUGGUGCCAAUCCAAACGUUGCAUGCGGAUCUCGUGCUCAUGCGAAGACUCCGUUGCACGUUGCCGCGGAGCUCGGAAAUGUUUCCACCGUGAAGCUCUUGCUGGAUUACGGGGCGGAUGUAACGGCAAGGGAUGCAGAAGGUCUUACGGCUACGGACAUUGCGGAGCGGGCGGGGUUUAUGGACGUGGUGGACCUCCUGCAUGCUGCUGCAGAUGAACAGGAACAACAGAGGCAGGAGAGAUUCAUGGGGUUGUGGCAAGCAUGCACCUCAGGCGACCUCGAAAAAACCAGACAGAUGAUACACGAACUGGGAUCCGAGGCGGAGUCCGUCAUCAACAGCAUCAGCGGCGGAUCGAACACGCUACUUUACAAGGCCUGCGAAGAUGGCCACACUGACAUAGUAAACCUCCUUCUCGAACAUGGAGCAGACGGCAGGUUUCACCCCGUAACAAAAUACUCCCCACUGUACAUUGCCUGCUACUAUGGCUGGAAGGACAUCGUUCGAAUACUCUUGCAGCGGUUCCCCGAACUGGCACAGAUCACGACGAUGGAAAUGUGGCUCCCCACGCACGCAGCCGCGCUCAGCGGCCACGUCAACAUCCUCGAGCUGCUCCUCAACUUUACGUACCCCUCUUCCAUUCAACAGCUCUUCUUCGAUUCGUCCGGCAAGUGGGAGUACAGCUUCCCGUUCGACAUCAACGCGAGCGACGUGACGGGACAGACGGUGCUCUACAUCGCCUCCUGCCUCGGGAACCAGCGGUUCGUCGAGAGCCUGCUCAAGUUCCGCGUGUGGGCCAAGAGGGUGCUGACGGCGGCGGACGAUGACGAGCCGGUUGAAAAGGGCGGAGCGGGGCGGCCCAAGACCCGGAUCCAGUCCAUCAUGACUCGGCUGAACCUGGUCUCUGGAGGCGAUCCGCCUCCGCGGGAGGUCCAGAUUUCUCCACUGACGGUCGACCACUACUGCAACCACCAGACCGAGACCGCGCUCCACAUUGCGGUGAAGAAGAAGUCGUACGCGAUAGCGGCCGCUCUCCUGAAAGCCGGCGCGAGCGCGAACCUGCCCAUCCGCGACGUUCGGGACGAGGGCGUCCACUCGACCGCCCUCGUCGAAGCCUGUUCCAACAGGGACGGUCCGAUGGUGGACCUGCUGCUCCGCCACGGAGCUCGAGACGACGACUGUCGCGGUCUCCAGGUCGCGCUGGCGUCUGGGGACAACGACAGGCUCAUCUCAAAGCUUCUGGCGUUGAAGGCGCACAAGGACCCCGAGUACAAGAUCAACAAGACGGCACUAGAAUCCCUCUCCGGUCCGUUGUUCGCGGCCAAACUUCUACCAAACACGCCAGUCAUGGUCAACUGGCACGGACAACACUGCCUGACCAAACUAUCCGAGCAGUGGCUGAUUGAUGCCAGCAUGGUGCACAACAUCAAGCUGAAGCUCUCAACGCAGGUCCGCCUGCCCGCGCUCGGCGCCGUCACACGGCUCGACGUGUCCAGCAAUGAGCUGGAGGAGCUUCCAGAGUGCAUUUUUCAGUGUCUUCCCUCUCUCCACGUGCUGAGCGCCUCGCAGAACAAGCUGGCUUCCCUGCCCGACAUUGCACCCGAUUCCUGCGCUGUCCUGGAAGAGAUCCACCUGCAGGACAAUCGGCUCGACGGCGUUCCGGCGAAGCUGUUCUUUCUGCCGAGCCUGCAGCUCCUGGACCUGUCGAACAACAAGGUCCAGUGUCUCCCCGUGGACAUCUGGAGCGCACCUAGGUUGCGCGACCUGAACCUGUCGAUGAACCUGCUGUGCGUGCUGCCGAGCUACGCUCCGACGAGGAUGAAGCAGAAGGCGGACGUGAAGCAGACGACGGGGGUGUCGACGCCAAGGACAGAGGGAGCAAGGAAUGGCGGCGAAGGAGUCGCAGUGCCGUACACCAGACAGGAAUUGGUUCAUCAUACACUGUGGAAUGGUGUCCUUGAAGUGGUCGACGCCGCACUUGAAGACACGGGCCAGCAGGACAAGCAAAGCCAACUUUCAAAUUUGAACCUUGCACACAAUGCCUUUGAGUCUGUACCUCCCAUGCUAGCUUGCAACGCUCCUCAGCUGGCCAGGCUGAAUCUCAGCUACAACCGAUUGUCAGGCAUGGGACCCGUCACUUCGUAUCCGAACGGACUGAGGCACCUGGACCUCUCCUGCAAUCAGAUUGCCAGCUGGCCCACGUCGAGAAAUGCCGAAGCAGUCCAGGCCUGCUACGUGGCCCAGGCCGAGCCGCUCUCUCAAAAUAAGUCUAGCCCGAAAUCAGUGGCAGCCAAGAAGAACAGGUGCCAGAGCUGUCCACAUCGUAGACAUUAUCGCAUGGAAAACCUCAGAACCCUAGUGCUUGCCAACAACAAGCUUACAAGCUUGCAGCUCACUACGGACGAUGACGAUGCAGAUGAUAGGCAGUCGACAGAUGCUGCGGACUCCAAGAGCGAGUUCACCGCCUUCACACCGCAGGAGACGACUCCGCUGAAGGCCCGGAUACAGUUCCCUAACCUCUCUAUGCUGGACGUCAGCAACAACGAACUCACCGAGGUCCCUGUGAUGCUCUCGGAGCUUACGGGGCUCUCUGUGCUGAACCUGAGCGGCAACCCUGGCAUAGUGCAGUUGCCCCCGGAGCUGGGCUUGCUGAACAAGGUGUGGAACCUCAACUUGAGGGGCUGCAGCCUGCAAGACCCCCUGAGAUCAAUGAUCGAGUCGAGAAAGUACAAGACAACGGACAUCGUCGGAUACCUCAAGUCAAUCCUUGAGGAUGCGAAGCCAUACGCUCGUAUGAAGCUCAUGAUUGUUGGCGUGCAAGGCAUCGGGAAGACGUCACUCCUGGAGCAGUUGCGGCAAGAGGGGACUGGGAGUUACCGCCGCAAGCCACCAGAGCACUGGGGCAAACGAAUGGGCAACAAGAACUUGAACCUGAAAACUCCGAAAGGCGUCAGCCUCUCCACCGUUGGAGUUGACGUGGGCGACUGGAUAUACGAGAAGAAGACACGGGGCCAGCCGAGCUUCGGACCGGUCACUUUCCGGACUUGGGACUUUGGCGGUCAGAGGGAGUACUACUCAACGCACCAGUACUUUCUGUCCAAGCGUUCCCUGUACCUCGUUGUGUGGCGCAUCACCGACGGUGAGCGAGGCGUCAAAGGCAUCCACCAGUGGCUCAUCAACAUUCAAGCCCGUGCUGCCAAUGCGCCCGUCCUCAUCAUUGGCACCCACCAAGAUUUGGUGAAGGAAACUUUUCCCGCCUCCUAUUCGGAAGACCUGCAGCAUCUCAUCCGUGAAAAGUUCAUCAACGUGGUCGACGCCGACAAGUGUGGCCUGCCCCGCGUCCUGGACACCGUCGAGAUCAGCUGCAAGACGAAGCACAACAUAAAGCACCUCUGCAACCUCAUCUACGAUGUUGUGUUCGACCUUCGGUGUCCCGGGAGCAAAGAACGUCUGCUCGAGCAGAGAAUCCCGGCAACCUACCUGGCUUUGGAAGAUGUCGUCGGAUACCUUGCGAUUGAACGGCGACUGCAAGCUAAAGACCCCGUGUUGCAUUCAGAACAGUAUAGGAUGCUUGUGAUGCACGAAAUGCAGCAGAAAUUCAACAUUCUCUUUCGUGACAUGGCUGAACUGAACCAAGCCACCGCGUUCCUUCAUGACAAUGGAGUCCUGCUUCAUUACGAAGAUGCCACAUUAAAGGACCUCUACUUCCUCGACCCGCAGUGGCUCUGUGACAUGCUGGCUCACGUUGUCACAAUACGCGAGAUCAACCCAUUUGCUCGGAACGGUAUUAUGCGCAUUGACGACUUGAAGCACGUCUUCAAGAGCUCUCAGUGUGCGCCGGCUGAUGCGCAGACCUACAUUUUGAGCCUCCUGAACAAGUUCGAAGUCGCCCUAACUUGGGACGGACGGACGCUCCUGAUUCCGUCGAUGCUUCCGUCGGAGGAGUUGCUCCGGUGUGGCCUUCCAGGAGCAGACGUCAGGGUACAGGUCCCAAUCAGGUCGCGCAGUUGGGGCCUCCGCUCAAAAUCUCUCCAGGGAUCCGCGUGUCGCUCUGUGCCGUCAUCAACGUCACCUUCAUCCCUCUCCCUAAACCUUCCCUCAAAGUCCCCAAUCUCCCACAGACCAGGGAUCGCCGUGCUCUGCGGCGCCGACUCCCCGAACACCCCGACGGAUCCCUCUUCCCUAACCGACAGGCUCCCCGCUCCUCCUCCGCCCUUCUCCCUCACCCCCGUCGCCUCCGAUUCGGAGCACCCUCCCAUCCAGCGCCUCCUUGUCCUCUCCUACCUCCCGAGCGGCUUCUGGCCCCGACUCAUCACGCGGAUCCUCGCGGACGACCUGGUCGUCGAGGCGCUCCGGAGCUACAUCAUUCCUCCGCGGGGAUCCGAGAAGGACCCGAACCUCAUGUCCGCGCUGUCCCGCCGCGCCGAGUGGGUGUGCUGGCAGACUGGCCUCGAGCUCCGCUACCUCGACACGACUCUCCUCAAGCUCCGGGAAGUGAUGCCCCACCUCAGCGGGUCCGAGCUCUUUGCCUCGCAGCUCAUGGUCAAGAUCGAGGGAAACUGGAGUAGAGUCGACACGAGCGGCGCGGUACUCAUCGAGGUCGUCGUGCCGUGCUCCAGGUUGCAGGCAUCGACCUCGUCCCUGAUUCUCGAGCCGAGUUCAGAGAGCACGGCAAAGCUGCUGACCCUGGCAGUGGAUCACAUCGACACGUUGCUGGAGGACUGGUACCCGACCCUGGGGACGAGGUUCGUGCACACGUCGGAGGGACGGUUCCUGGUGACGAGGCUAGUGCCGUGUCCGGAGUGUGUGACGCGGUUGGUAGCCAAGGAAGGGGGGAGAAACGGGCAAGGGAAGGACGCAGACCUGUGGCAGUUGGUGGAACGGGCCGGUAUCGGAGAGUUCAGGCUGUCCGCGCUGACGACGACGGGUCAGGGAAGAGGAUCGAAGGGAAGCACGGACAGCGGAGUUUGUGCUGACAGCCAGAGUUCAAGCCGCAAGGCAUCUGCAGAAGGGGACAUCGAUUCUCUAACGUCUUCCUGUAAUAACAAUUCUUCCUCGAGAAACCCACCACCAGAGGAGACCGUCUACGGCUUUAUGGUGGAAGAGUGCAUUUUGUCAGGCUACGAGAAGAAACUGGUCACCUGUCCAGACCAUGGGGACCUCCACCUCGCCAAGAUAUCACCCGAUAUGGUGUUCAUGGACCUGGGAGAAAGAUUCCUCAUCAAUUCGGAUCACAUCAAGAAGGGAAAGAUGUUGGGUAGAGGAGCAUUUGGCUUUGUUUUCAGAGCUGGAAUGAAGCAGAGGGGAUCGGGAAAUUACAUAGACGUUGCCAUGAAGAUGCUUCAACCCGUGGACCCAGGUUACGGAGCCAGGCACUCAGACACCAUCGCCUUCAAGGCAGCGUGGAAUAAAUGGCAACGAGACCCACUUCAGUACGCAUGCAAGGCUUACUGCACAGCGCGCCAGGAGCUGAACAUCCUCCUCAGCCUACGCCAUCCCCACAUUGUCCCACUGGUAGGGGUGUGUACCCAGCCCCUAGCCCUAGUUUUGCACCUUGCCACGCUAGGGGCCCUGGACGGCAUACUCCGUAACUAUCGACGCUCUGGGACGCACCUGGAACUGUCCUCCCUGCAAAGGGUCAUCUUACAGGUUGCAAAAGCACUGGAGUACCUGCACCAACAGCACAUUAUAUACAGGGACCUUAAAUCGGAGAAUGUGCUAGUGUGGGAGUUUCCGGCACCCUUCCAGGCAGAACCGGCAACGGUGGAUGUGAAACUGGCUGACUACGGCAUCAGUCGGUCGACCUUGCCUACCGGGACCAAAGGGUUUGGAGGGACAGAAGGGUUUAUGGCACCUGAAAUCAUGCGCUAUAAUGGAGAAGAAGAAUACACCGAAAAAGUGGACUGCUUCUCGUUCGGCAUGUUCAUGUAUGAACUCUUGACGUUGAGGCUGCCGUUUGAAGGCCACGACUGCGUCAAAGACCACAUCCUCGAUGGCGGUCGGCCUGUCUUUACGAGCAGGGAAAUUACAUACCCUGCGUACAUGAUGGACCUCAUGAUUGCCUGCUGGUCACAGCAGCCACGAGACCGUCCGUCUGCCAGUCAGAUAGUGUCCAUCGCAUCAGCGCCAGAGUUCACACGACUCCUUGACGUUGUGUCGCUGCAGAGCAACGAAGCAGUGCUGUGCACUGGUGUUACUGCGUUACCGUCUGAAGAAGACACAAAUUGUGAACUGUGGCUGGGAAAGAUGGAUAGGCAUUUAGACAUUCUGGUAUGCAAUUGCAGUAACUGGACAGAAUUAAAGGUCCUGCCUGUGGACAAUAUCACGGUCACAUGUUUAUGUGUUGUCAAUGACGCUGUCUGGCUUGGAGACUCCAGAACCGUCAUUCGUAUCUAUGGCUCCCAGACCUACACGGAGAUUGCAAGCUUCUCUCUGUGCCCGGAUUCGCCGAUCGUUUCGGCUGUCCGUAGCAUGCACCACUUGGCUAGUGCUGGACGUGUGGCCAUCGCAACGAAUGGGGGUCAGGUCUGGCUCUGCCCUGACAAUGUCUUAACUGGUGAAGGUCUACAAGAGCUGGCCACAACAGGCACAUCUGUCUUCUGUCUCUGUGGUGUCGACUUACCCGAAGCUAGGUGCGAACUCUGGUGUGGCCAAGCACAGGGUGCUGUGUCUGUCUACACCAUUCAAGGUUCAAUUGUUUCGGGUCAAGAAGUGGUCAACCACAGUGACCCUCCCAUGGACACCCUGGACGUUUCGCUGCUGUGCUCUUCUUCGGAGGAUGUACCCACGAUGUGGUCCUACGUGUACCCUGGCUGUGUCGUGUAUCAAUGGGACUGUGCAUCAAGGACAAUCGUUCACAGGUUAGACUGUUCCAAGCUGGCACCAUGUUCCGAGAGCUUGCUUUCGAUAAGCAUUGAAGAGCAUUUGAGCCCCGGCAGGUGCCAAGUGACCGCCAUGGCCGUCCUGGAGAACGAACUCUACGUCGGCACAACGUGGGGUUGCAUCAUCGUAGCCGAGAGCCACACCAUGCGCCCCAUCACGGUCUUUCGUCCUUUCGAAGAAGAAGUGAAAGCAAUUCUGCCGCUGCCGGCAAAGCAGAAUCCGGCGGCAACGCUGUCCACCGAGCCCCCGGUUCCUCCUCCGCAGGGAACAUCUGCAACGCUGGCCACCGUUGGGAAGGGAUACCGAAAUCUCAUAGGGCGCUAUCUCCCCACUGGUUGCAGUAUAGACUAUGUGCAACAAAGUAUGUACGUGCUGCUGUGGCGUGCCGAUAGUUGGAUGGAUGCUUAACUGUUUUUUAAGCUGUGAUCACUACGUGGUGUUUUUUUUUUACGCGUUGAUUAGCGUCACGUUUCGUACUGUGCUCGACCGCAGGAUGGUAGCGAACAAAACGUCUCUUCGGUGUGAAUAGAGCCUGAAGUUUUCGGAAAAUAUUUUUUUCGAAAUUCGGGGGGGUAAAAAAUCGGGUAAUUAGACGUGCGCUAUAAGUGCACGCGAAUUCGGGUGGAAAAACUUCCAGUAUGCUAAAUUCGGGGAUAAAUCGGGGCUCAGUUACUCAAAUUAACUGUACUGGUUUGGUACAAAUGGUGAUGUAACUGCGUUUGCUGCCAGACAAGUUAGCGUGCAUUCCUAUAGAUGUCUCAGCGAGGGCAGUUUGCCGGGUAAAAAUCGGGUUUCACCCUAAAGAGGCAACCUUCAAUUCGGGGUGCACAUUCAGGGAAGAAUUGGGUUAAACCCUAAAACUUCAGGCUCUAAGUAUGCUCUAGUAUGCUCUAAGUAUGCUCUAAGUAUGCUCUAAGUAUGCUCUAAGUAUGCUCUAAGUAUGCUCUAAGUAUGCUCUUAGUAUGCUCUUAGUAUGCUCUUAGUAUGCUCAAGUAUGCUCUAGUGUGCUCUAAGUAUGCUCAGGCUCUAAGCAUGAAGCAGAUGAGUGUCUGGCAGGUCACAAGUUUACCUUCGUUUGGCCGCUGAAGCAAGAUGCGGUACUCUGGCUCACAAUUAGAAGCACGAUGAACAUUCGUUAGUCUCGUGUUGCUAAGGAGCACAUCGUGAAACGUCACGUAACCACCAGGAGGAGCUCAAUAUUACACACGAGGCUCGUUGUCGUUGUCAUUUUGUUCACUUCUGAAUCGUUGAGCUGAUGGUGCAUUGUGCCGUCACCUUUUAUAUCUCGACAGAUAAUUUUAAUUUACUCCGUCUUUUAUCUCGCCUUUUUAUUCGAGUUCAUGGGGUCCUACUCUCUAAGCAUGUCGCUGCAUACUGUGUAUGUUGUAAAACAUUGAGCGUGCUUGUGAGGUUUCGUGUCUGAUGAUGAUGUGCGUGAAGUUGUGUGAAUUCUGCCUACCUGCAAACUAACAAAAAUAUUUUGUUAACGUAUUUGAAUUCUUCGUCCGCCAAACAACGGGCUUGUCUCGUGCGUUCAUCAUCAGAUGACAGCUGUGGUAACGUGCGCACGUCUGUGUGCUCUACAGAAAGAUUUUUCUGUCACAGGAUAACGUGCUCAUUGGAGUGCAUGCAAACUGGUUUGUAGUUCCAUUUAGAAGUGGUCCCUGCUCAUAGCAUAAGCUAACAUGUUAAUUGGACUGCCCUGGCUUGUGUGUAGCAACACUACUAUUUUCUACUUAUUAGUACGUUAAAUCUCUAAUCAGAAGAAAUGCUUUCACUAAAAGGUUACUCUGAUAACACCUGCAAAUGCAUUUAAUUAUCACAUUAAUGUGUUAAUGUUACAACUUGCAAAUCAAUACAAGGCUGUUUUCCUUAGCAGGCUAAUGCACAAAUGCAAGACAGUGGUUGUUAAGGAGGAACGUUCUUUACAAACAAGCUAAUGUGUUAAUUUGAAGCUAGUGCAUGGUUGCAAGAAAAAUGUUUGAAAGAAAUGUUUUGAAAGAAAUUUGGCUACAGCAAACCAGUGGUUUUGUCACAGGAAGGAAUGUUCUGAGCUAAUUGGUUAAUGUGUUAAUUCGACUACCUUCAAAUGCAAACUAGAGCUUACUUUCAUGCUACAGUUGCCAUUCCAAAGGCCACCUACUUUAACUUGUACUGCUACAGCAAUGAUUUUAGAACAAGCUAGAAGUGUUAAUCUUACCCUGGCUUAUCCACAGUUUUUGGAGUGUGAUCGAUCCUCAUAUUGUAAGCUACCUGUUGUGCGGCUCGUGUUCAAACGUUCAGCAAGCUUGAUAAUCUACUUAUUUGUUUUACCAGUGAAGCGCACCAUUGUUUUAAAUGGUGACAGCAUUUCAUUUUAAUGUUUAGGUAUUUAUACAAUGCAGCUGCCACAUUCCUUCAAGACGCUAAGACAUGUGUGAUAAAUACAUUUAUGUGUGUAAUAUUUUCAUUAUUGAUCCUGCUGUGGCAGCUUGUUUCCACGUUGAAGUGUGACAACAUGAUUGACAGCGGAGACGAUACUGACUACUUAACGGGAGUGCACUACACACACACUGACUAUUUGCUGGAUGUUUCAGUGUUCAGAGCUUAGUCCUUAAGAACUAUCACUUAAGUUCCUAUGUGGUGAUGGAUGCUGUGAUCGUUCCACUGAUUCCUGGAGUAUGUUUCAUGUAUGUAAUUUGAGCUGUUUCAUGAAAAACAUAGCAUUAGCUAUGUAAAUGUCCACAACCCAAGCAGCACAAAAAUCUUCGUCCAAUAUUGGACCAAUACUGGCAAUACCGGCCCAGUAUGGAUCUAAUCUUGGUCCAAUAUUGACAAUACCGGCCAAGUAUGGGUCUAAUCUUGGUCCAAUACUGGCAAUACCGGCCCAGUAUGGGUCUAAUCUUGGUCCAAUAUUGGCAAUACCGGCCCAAUAUGGGUCCAAUCUUGGUCCAAUAUUGGCAGUAUCGGCCCAGUAUGGGUCUAAUCUUGGUCCAAUAUUGGCAAUACCCGGCCCAGUAUGGGUCCAAUCUUGGACUCAUAUUGGGCCAGCAUUGCCGAUAUUAGCCCAAUAUUGGGCCACGACGUUGUGCUGUUUUGGGAAUGUGAUGUGAGAAAGGUGAGCAAACUGCCGCGACCCUCACACCCUGAGUCUUGGCUCGGCUACUUGGCUUAGCCAAUGCCCAUGUGAAAGGGGACCUAGCCGUUAGCUUACAAUGUUAAACUGUACAAGAAAUAUCAGGUUCCUUUCUUAGUAGUUUUUUUUUUAAAUUAGUGCUCAGCACCGUGUAAAUGUGAAGUCUGCCGAUUGGCUAUCGUAAACGUUUUCACAUCAACGAAAUCGAGACGUAAUUCUGCGAUCCACCACCUGUACUUCACUGCAUUACCGUACUGCAGUGCUGCUACUACCCUUGUUAGAGAGAUUUUGUAUGCCGAGCUAGUCAGAUUUCCUUUAUAAUUGUGUAAUAUAGUAACAGUUAUACCAUACAAUGUAACUGUGAUCUUCAUUUCAUUUAGUACUGCGUUCCGAGAGAACUGUGAACUUUUUUGCUGCACAUUGUAGGGCACUAUGGUAUUGUACAGAGGUAACGUGACAGAUAAAAGUUCUGCUGUGUAUCAUAUUACUCUGCUUUUGUAGACGAGGGAUAAUACGUCAUUUUUAAAUUGUGAAAUAAAGCAUCGGCUAUCCAUGCAA